AAGGCUCUCAUCAUGUACCUAUUAGUGGUGGUCCUUUCUCUGCUGCUGAGCUCUGUUCCCGCUCAGAGUCGUCCUGUUGAGGAUUUAAUUGAAAAGAUCUCCGGGAAGAUGGAUGACAUGCCAGUGUCAACUAUAAUUGAAACCAACAAACAUGCAGGACAGCGAGUGGAUGGGCCCUUGAUCACGUUUGGAGACAUCGCCAUAUCAACAGGGUUCAAGAAUGCAGAUCCGUGCACAGCUCGUGGAUGCAAAUGGGAGAGAAGCAGAAAUGGAUUAGUCUAUGUGCCCUACGUGAUCUCCAACCAGUACUCUCCAGAUGAACUACAAGUGAUUAAACAAGGCUUGCAGUCCUUUGCGGAUGUGUCCUGCAUUCGAUUCGUACCACAUGAAGGGCAGAGGCACUUUCUCUACAUAAUGUCUGAUUCUGGUUGCUAUUCAUAUUUGGGGCGUCAAAAAGAAGUACAGGUUGUUUCCCUCGAGCGUGAUGGGUGUGUCUAUCACAGUACUGUUCAACACGAGCUCCUUCAUGCUCUCGGGUUCCAUCAUGAACAGAACCGCAGCGACCGCGACAAACACAUCAAAAUCCUUUUAAAGAACAUUGAACCUGAAGAGGAGUAUAAUUUUGAGAAAACAGAAACCAAUAAUCUGGCAACCCCCUAUGACUAUGACUCUGUGAUGCACUAUACAAGGGACGCUUUCUCUAAGAACAACGAGCCAACCAUGAUUCCCAUUCCUGAUAAUAAUGUUGUGAUCGGGGAAGCUCAAAAAAUGAGCCGCAAUGACAUCCUGCGCAUUAACAGACUCUACUGCAGUUGAACUGCUGCCAGGCUGCAGGAAGGAUUUGUUUGCUGAUAUUAUUAAUCUUUUCAUCUUCGCAUUCAUCAUUCACAUAUCUUUUUUUUUUUGCACAUCACAGUUUCAAAUGAUUUUUCGCUUUCUAUCUUUUAAAAAUUAAACAACUUUUUCAAUCAGACACCUCUUAGUUACUAUCAGAGGCUUGUGAAACACCAAGGGUCCUUUUAUGUUUUUUUUUCUUUUUCUUUUUUUACUUUUUCAACUUAAGUUAGGUUGCCAUAUUUGAAAAUACAAAAUGUUGCACAUAUAAUAUUGUAUCAAAUUGUGUACCGGCAUAAAACAUGAGUAAUUUUUUAACAUGAUGUAUUAUAUAUGAUGAAAAUUAAGGAUAACAUUCAUAACAAAGAUAAAAAAGGAAAGUCUGCAACAACAGAAUAAAGGUAGUCAACAUAAAAAGUCUUUAUUGAAAAUAAAUCUUGAAAUCAGCCCUAAAAUGGGUGUAUUGGGUACACUGUAAAAAAAUUAUGCCUUUAAAGCUGCGGUAGGUAACUUUUGACGCUCUUUUUUUAUUAUUUUUUUAAAUUUUUUAUUUAUUUAUUUUUAUUUAGAUAAAUGACUUACAAACAUAAAUUCCAGCAAAUCAACAUACAACUGUAAUGUUUCACAAGACAAAUAUCACACCUUUAGACAAAAUGACAAGACAUAACAACAACAGCAAAAAAAAAAAAA